AGUAUAAAUGGCCAGUGUACUCGCCUUUUAAAAAUGUUCUUGAAACUCCAAAAUACCUCAAGAUUAAAAGAAUCAGCAUCAGAAAGCUCAAAAUUCUUUUUCAAGUUUAGAAACCCUGAGAGUAAAUCUAAUUAAGCAGCAUUUAGUUCAAAAAUGCCUUUGGAACCCUAAACUUCUUCCAGAUCGAAGAAAUUAAGCAUCAUAAACUGUUUUGAAACCUAAGAAUACCUACCAGUUGAAAAAAUCAAGCAGCAGAAACUAUUAUGAAACCCUAGAGACACUGACAGACGAAAAUAUUUUCAUCCGCAGCAGCAAUCUCAGCAAUGGCAAUGGAAGAAAAUACUUUAUAUCUUUACAACGCACUUUCACCUCUCUUGGACUGUGAUUCGAUGUACGAGAGAUCUGCUUCUCCGGGGCUUUUGCUAGAUGAAGCAGCCGACGCGUCCCCAAUCAGCAAGAAGAAAAAAACUAGGAAAUGUGUUUCUGACAUAAAAUACGAAGACUUUGACGUCGAGGAAGAGCUGAGAUUCUUGAAAAAAUCUAACGACGUAUAUUCAGAACCUCCGCCGGUGCAGAUUUCUACAGUUUUUCGGCGAGAGAUAGUCGAUCCAUAUUGUAAUAUUAUUUCACAGGAGUCUAGCGACGGAGAGGUAGAAUAUUUGUCUCUAGAGGUCCAGAGUCCCGACCAGCUAAAGGAGGAUGUUAGUGCAGCUCAGCCAGUUACUCCUGUGUUGGCAUCGCAAGAUCAAAAUGACAAGGUUAUGGCAUUUCAAGAUUUUAUCUGGACCGAUGCGCACAGACGGAUAAGAAGCCCCGUGCUUUUGCUUCAUCAAGAAAUCAUGGACUUGUGCCAUUUUCUUUCCCCAACUCCAGAGGAGCAAGCAGCACGCAUAGCAGCAGUUGAACGUGUUUCAGGAGUCAUCAAAUAUAUAUGGCCUGAUUGCCAAGUGAAAGUGUUUGGAUCAUUCGGGACAGGGCUGUAUUUGCCCAGUAGUGACAUUGAUGUGGUGAUUUUGGAUUCUGAUGUUCAAGUUCCUCAAAAUGGAUUGCAAGCUCUUGCAAAAGCCUUGCUGCAAAAGUCUCUUGCAACUAAAAUUCAGGUGAUUGGGAAAGCAAGGGUACCAAUCGUCAAAUUUAUUGAGAAGAAAAGUAAUGUGGCAUUUGAUGUCAGUUUUGAUGUACAAAAUGGACCAGAGGCUGCAGAAUUCAUUAAGGAUGCAAUUGUGAAAAUUCCUCCUUUAAAGCCAUUAAGCUUUGUAUUGAAAAUAUUCUUGCAACAAAGAGAUCUUAAUGAGGUUUAUUCUGGUGGCAUUGGCUCCUAUGCUCUUCUUGUUAUGUUGAUAACACAUCUGCAGGUGCAUUGGAGGCAACACAGUUCCACAGACAGAUCUAUGAUUUUGGAAGAUAACCUAGGUAUUUUACUGAUUGAUUUUUUUGAUCUAUAUGGGCAUAAGUUGAAUGCAUGGGAUGUUGGGGUGUCUUGUAGAUCUGGUGGCCAGUUUUUUCCGAAGAGACUAAGAGGAUUCCGUAACUCAAAGCAGCCGCACCUUCUCUCUGUUGAAGAUCCACAAGCACCAGAAAAUGACAUCGGAAAGACUUCAUAUAAUAUUUAUAAGGUACGUGCAGCCUUUGUCAUGGCCCAUAGACAGCUGACAUAUAUUUCUGUGGAUGAUUUGGGAUCUCCUCAGCAUAGCAUUUUAGGCCGAAUAAUUCAAAUUGAUGCAAAGUUGUUGGAGAGGAAGGCUGGUUUUAUGAAAGUUCCUAAAAUGGAUAUCCUUUUAUCAAUUGCAACUGAAUUGGAUUCUGAUGGAGGAAGACAAGACUCUGUUAAAGAAAAACAAGGCAAUUUGUCAAACAAAUUUGAUAAUGAACCAUUAGCACUUGGGAGAGAGCUUCUUCAAGAAGUGCAUGGCAGCCCUCUGCCAUAAGGUAACUGAAAAUUAAACGGAAUGAAGAGCUGGAGAACAUAUAUGGGGAAACGAGACAGUCUGCAUAAUAAGAAUUGUAAUGUUAUGGAUAGCUUCGACUUUCAAGGACAAAACUUCCAUUCCAAGCAGACUAGGAGGCGGCGAGGUAAUUCUCAUCUAUCUUAUUUUAAGAUUCACAAUACUAAGAAAUGUAAUCAGAUGUUUGAUAAUGAAGCUCCAUUUGUGGCAUGGAUGGAAGAAAUCACAAUAAUCAACAGCUUUUAGUAAAACAGUAGAACUUAAGUGUUGAGGAAGUGCACUGGAUAACAAUUUUGGGGCAACAAGUGUUAUUAAUUCUCCUGAGCACAAAAGAUCAAGCACUUAUAGGCUUGAUGUUAUAUUUGUAUGUUGUAUAAUUUUGGCCAUUUUUUCAUGUAAUUGUGUUUGUUUUUCGAUAAUUUGAGUGCACUAUUUUCACUCGGUUCAUGUUAGUGGAAGUGCUAUAGUACAAAUUCAGCAAAUUUCUUGGUUUCUUAUACUCAAUAAAACUAUUAUAAUAAUGCCAGUCUAGCUCUGUUAAUAUGAAGACAACAGCAUUUUGAAUAUGAAGACGACAAAGCCAAAUUGUUUGAAAACUAA